CAGUAGGAUCUUAUUUGUUCAGGGCUGGGCGGGUGGCUGCUCUGUCUACAGCAGGGAUCGAGGGUCUUGUAUUUAACGCCCGCGGUCCACUAUCGCUAUGGAAAUGGAAACAUGAAGAAGUGCGUUUUAUAUUUAUAAUUCCGUCGCAGAGCCGUUCUUCUCCUGCACGGCGGCGACCUUUGCGCCAGGAUGAGGGAUCUGCAAGGCGUUGACAGCCUCAUCUUGAAAGAGUUGAAGUUGUGUUGUGCAAGAGAGUGCAGCUUUCUUCCCAGGGAGACUGGCCUGAAGCUCAUGGAGUCGGCGGAGAAUCACAAUGGAGUGUCCGCCAAGAGCAGAGACGCCAGAGUGGGAGAACUGUGGGGCCUGACCAGUUUCUUUGGGUACAGCACCCAAACUUUUGUUCAAGCUGUCAAUUUGCUUGAUAGAUUUCUCACCAUUAUGAAGGUACAACCCAAACACUUGCCUUGUAUUGGAGUCUGCUGUCUUCACAUUGCUGCCAAAAUGGUUGAGGAGGAGAGCAAUGUCUCACCCACUCAUGAACUCAUUCGCAUCAGCCAAAGCAAGUUCACCGUGUCAGACCUCUGUCGUAUGGAGAAGAUCAUCUCAGAGAAGCUCAGUGUGGAGCACAAAGCAGUGACAGCCUUAACCUUUCUACACCUCUACUACUCAGCCUUCACAUCCCUGUCUGCUGGAAGGGAGGAGAUCCCAAGCAUUGGGAGACUGGAAGCCCAGCUAAAAGCCUGCUUAUGCCGGCUUGUUUUCUCUAACGCAAAACCAUCAGUGCUGGCACUGUCCCUCAUUGCUCUGGAGUUUGAAGCCCUCCAGUCUGUCACUCUGUUGAAGAUUGUCCAGCAGUUUCAAAGACAUCUAAAGAUCGGUGACAGUGAGCUGCUUCACUGCAAGGAACUUGUGGCCAAAUGCAUGAACGAGUACUGCUCGAGCGAAUGUAACAAACCAAACAACAAAAAGCUUGUUUGGAUCGUUUCCAGAAGAACAGCACAGAACCUUCAAGCCAGUCACUUCAGUGUACCUGGUCUGCCAACCAUUCCUGAGAUGAGCUGGGAUGAGAGCGAGAGUGAGGACUCCUGUGAGGACAUGAGCUGUGGAGAAGACAGUCCCUGCGGCUCGUUGGGAAGUAUCGGUGAAGGAGCCUUCUUCCCUUCCACAUUUCUCAGCUGCAGAAAGUGAUGAGACUUCAUUGUGCAGUAACGACGGAUGUUUGUUUGUCCCUUGAAUGGUAACUGAUUUCAUGGCAUGCAUGCGUGUUUCACUCGUGUGUAUUGAAAGUAUGUCAAGUGACAGGUUUUGAACUUUAAGUGCCUGUUAAAAUUCUGUUUACUGUUUUUUUUUUCCUUUUUUUUAUGUUGAAACAACUAUAUCGCACAGAUUACAAUAUCUUGGCAGCUUGAUGGAACUACAUCUUUGUACGUCUCUUUUAAUGAGACCUUUGUGUCUGAGCUCGACACAUUCCAGAAAUAGUUGUGAAGCGCAUGGAAGAACUUAAGCGUGUCGAUCAAGCAGUUAACUCAUUGCUGAAUGCCAGCAAACACAUUAGCACACCCUCAGUCUUUUUUUAUACCAUUUUUUACUUAAUACAAUACAGUGUCCUCCAGAUGUAAAAGUGUGUGCUUAAAAUUAUUAUUCUAAUAUGACAUAUAUGACAGUAGUGUGAAAAUACCAGAUUGCAAAUGCAUGGUUGAAAUGUGUGAUUAUGAAUGAAUGUUGUUCAUGUUAACCAAGAUAAGCUUAUUGUAAAAAAAAGUUUAAAAAAUGUACAUAAAUUGUAAAAACAAGAAAAAAAAAUGUUUUGUGUAACGCUGCACGUUAUGUGUUGUUUAAUAUGCUCUAAAGUCAGAGAUAAUCCUUCUAAAUAAAAAGCUUUUUAUCUA